UUGCAAAGAGUGCGAGUAAGAGAAAUGAAGUUGAAUUGGAAGUUAAGUAUAGCAAAAAUGAGAUAAGGAGUAUAAGUAAAAUAUAUUACAAGAAGAAGUGGCAGGAACAAUGGGAGGGUGAAAAGAAGGCAAGGUUUUAUUAUAAUAUUCAAAAAAAAGUGGGGGAGUGUAGAAAAGAAAAUAGGAAUAAACAUGAGGAAGAUAUUAUAUCUAGGUUAAGAUUUGGACAUGUAGGGUUAAAUAGUACUUUGAAAAUAAUAAAUAAACAUAGUACGGGGUUAUGUAAUUUUUGUGGAAAGUUGGAAACAGUUAUACAUAUUUUUAUGGAAUGUAAUAAAUAUAAUCUAGAAAGAGAGGAAUUAGUAGAAGAGUUAAAUAGGAAUAAAGUUAAAUUAAAUAUUAGAGAUCUGCUACAAAAAUCAUCUGGAGAUGUGGUUUUUAAUUCAGUGUUUAGGUUUCUUAGAAAAACAGGUCUAAUAGGGAGAUUAUAGGGAUUAGACAUCUGGUUCAUACUCCAGUCCAGAAGGUGGCGGUAAUGCACCUGAAAGUUGUUUGCCAACCGCCAUAAAACAAAAAGAAGAAGAAGAAGAAGAAGUUCUGUGCAGCAGAAUGGAUCCUGAAGAAAGUCCAGAAAAAGAAAUAUUUGUUUCGAGACAAAACCUCAGAGAUAAGAGGAUUCCCAAGAGCCUGAGCCUCCUGACUCAGAGGUUUGUCAGGCUGCUGCAGGAGGCCGAGCACGGGGAGCUGGACCUCGGACACGCAUUCAAGGUUCUGGCUGUGAAACACAUCAGAAGAAUCUACGAUAUCACAAACGUGCUGGAGGGCAUCGGUCUUAUUGUCAAAAUAUCCAAGCGCCAUGUGAAAUGGGUAGGAACGCCUCAUGACAGCAGAUUCAUGAACCUGAACUCUGAGCUGAAGGACUUGAAGUGGAAGGAAUCCAUACUGGACCAGCAGACAAUGUUGGUUGAAGACGUCAUCAGGAGCCAAACAGAAGAAUGGAAAAAUCUGACCUAUGUGACCAAUGAAGAUGUGUGCAACUGCUUCAGUGGUCAUAUUAUUUUGGCAGUGCAAGCACCACCAGGCACCCAGCUAGAUGUUCCCAUUCCCAAAGCUGUCCCAAACUGCCCGGCAAAGUAUCAGAUCUAUCUGAAAAGCAUCGGAGGGCCCAUAGAUGUUGUCCUUCUUAACAAGAGAACUGUCAGCUCUGCUCUUGUCGUACUUCCAGUCCCACCGCCUGAAGAAAUUUUGCAGUUUGCCAAGUCAGCAAUAUCUGAAAAUAAAGAAAACAAUGAUGGACUCUGUGAGGCAUCAGCUUUUAUCACAAAAAGCACAAAAUCUGAAUGGGGAGUCGAGCAGGACGUGCAGCAGCUUCAAGAAUCCUCUUUUAUAAACGCUAACCCCAACAAAACAGAUGAGUCUGCAUGUCAAAACAUUUCAAAAGAACUACAGAAUCAUGUAGUUUCAUCCAAAGAAGUAAUGGAUGCAGAUCUGUUCACCCAGUUCAUUCGCUCCAAAGUGUUCCCUCCAGUCGUCCAGCUGUCUACAUCCCCAUCUAAGGCGUAAAGGCUCUCUAAUCAGGAUGAGAGUUACCUGGUUGAUAUCCCAUUGAGCUGUGUUUUGGCAUCAAUGCCUACAUUUCUUCAUGAGCAAUGUUUCAUGAUGCAUGUUUGGUUUAAAUAUUUUUUGUCAUUAAAUAAAGUUUGAAUUACAUUACAGA